AUGGAGAGCUUUGAGAAGUUGCGCCCAGUUGACAGGCUGGAGCGCUACUCGACGGCCCGCCACGACUUGAAGUUCUAUCUCGGGCCAGCCGUGACAGCCUCGUACAGGCUGCCGAAAAGCCAUUCUCCGCGGCUGAAGGAAUGCAUCUACAAGGCUCUGGAAGACGUUAUCACUCGACAUCCGAUUCUCUCAGCCAUUCCGUUGAAUGAGAAUACUCAGAACCCAUACUUCGUUCGUCUACCAGAGAUUCAUCUUGACAAAUGCGUAUAUUUCCAAGCACGACAGCGAGACUACGAUCCGGACAGUUCAGACGGGGAGCGAGAUGUUGAACUAGAUGAACUCUUCAGCACUCAGCAUAGGGUCCCUUACGAACCGCCAAAUCCUUUCUGGAGACUAUAUAUCUUGACAAACUCUGUUCAUCCCUCUGACUUUACCGCAGCCUUGUUCUACCACCAUGCUCUGGGCGACGGCACUUCGGGGAUGGCGUUCCACAGAGCCUUCCACAGUGCUCUAUCCCAGUCCGUCUCAACCCUUCCGACAGAGCUAGCUCCAGCGUCAGUCAUCCCAUCACCCUCAGCACCGUUGCUUCCUAGUCUCGAAUCUCUGCACCCAUUACCCGUGUCAACAUGGCAUCUGCUCACCAUCCUCUUCAAGCACAAGAUCUGGUCUAGCCGCGAUCCCGGUCUCUGGACAGGUGCCAAGUGCACCAUUGCUUUGGGACCACAGACAGGCGCUCGACAUCUCGCAUUCUCAGCCUCGAGCACAACGGCGUUCAAGAACAUCUGCCGUGCGAACGGCACGACUAUUACCGGCGCCCUUCAGACACUCAUCGCCGGCGCGCUCUUUGCCCAUUUGCCCGAGAAGUAUACCAAGCUCGCAUGCAACGGCGCUCUCUCAGCGCGCCGCUUUCUGCCCGCCGACGCCGGCAUCACAGACGACAGUAUGGGCGUCUAUGUCUUGGACAUGUCCGACACGUACAUGCGAGACCGCUUCCUCCAACACCAACACACCGACUCAAAAAGUGGACGAUAUGAUCUUUUACCAUGGGCCGAAGCCCAGCGGUCCCGCGAGAACAUUGAGCAAGUCUUAGGCCUCAAGGGCCGCAACGCCGCUGUUGGACUGCUCAGAUACGUGAAUGAUUAUCAACAGGAGUUGUUCCUCUCCAAGGUCGGCAAGGACAGGGACUCGAGCUUCGAAGUGUCCAAUCUGGGAGUAUUCAAGCCGUCGUCGUCGCCGCCGACGGUGGUGGUGGAGGAGGGUAACGCCCAAGGAGUCGAAAUAGGGAGGAUGGUGUUCACCCAGAGCGCUGGUGUGACGGCCAGCGCGAUUCAAGUGUCUGCCAUCACCGGCCCAGACGGGUGUUUGGUGCUUGGAGUUACGUGGCAGAAGGGCGUCGUGGACGACGAACUUGUCGAAAAGGUCCUGAGGAGUGUGGAAGAGGAGGUGAAGCGCUUAACAGGCACUGACUGA